UUCCAGGCACUGUUCAUUAGUGGCAUCCACUUUCCUCUUUGUGACUGGGCAAUCUCCAAACCAUUGCCUUCAUUCGCCCACGUGCCUAGCUUCCCCUCUCACACAAAUGCCCACUCCUCCUUAUUACCCCACUCGCCAAUAAAAGACCUUUGGAUCCAGCCUUUGUUCAUCAGUUACUCAUCAAAACUCUAAUUUCCAGGAAACAAUUCAUUAGUUCUCAACAAAGGAUCCUCACUCGCCACUUUACCUUCUCUUCCUUCUUCUGAUUUCUCUCCUGCCAAUGCUGCCAUAAGCAACCUUCUGCUUCAUCUUAUCUUCUCCUCCAUACCACACAAACUCUCCCUUUUGUUCGUCGGUUCAGAACCUCUCUCCCCUUUCCAUCUACUUCCGAUGACUCUUUCCCCAAUCCCCACACACUAUCUUGCCGCUUCGCCGACCCGAGAUCCACGGAAUCCCACCAGAACCUUCUGUUUAGAGAAAAUCCUCCCAUACCCUACACACUCUCGGCAGAAUACUGCCUUCCCUCUCCUGCAUCGUUUCAAUUGCCCUCUCCCAAAGCUCGAUUCUGAACCCCCGUGCUUCGUUUGGCCGUUACCCCACCAAAACUGUAGCUGCCUUUCAAUCGACCACUUUUCAGCUAAUGCCCCGCAACGGCGUGACGGGAAGGAGAGUAGUUGAUGUAGAGGAACAAGUUGAGGUGGAGAACGCGGCGGCGGCGGAGGUACAUCGAUCGCUCUCGCCCUUUUCGGCAAAAACCCAGGAAAGCUAUGGACAACACUCUACUCGACCUCCCAAAGCUGAAGCGCCACAUCUACGCUGUCUUCUUCUGCCUCAAAACCGGUCUCAACCUCUACAUCCAGCUCUCUUCAAAUUCAUUUACUUUGUACAGGCCUCCCAAGGCACCAACAAGGUCCCAAGCCUUGCAGCCUCAAUCUGUGAAGUUCUUGGGUUGUUUUAACUGUGGGGCUCUUACUGGUUUUCCAUGCAACAUCCAUCAUUCUCUCUCGAUUGCUUUCUUUGGAGUUGGGGAUGGGCAAUGGGAUGCAAUGAAACAGUUUGGUGAUAACAUUCCUGCAUUUGACAACUUGCAGUCGCAGAUUCCCUUACGUUUCCCUUUUGUUGCAGCUGCCAUAUCCUCCUCUUGA